GAUCGAAUGCAAUCGGGUACUGGACUACGCCCACUACACUUUGCUGCUUCCAGGGGCUACUUGGACAUUGUAACCUGCCUCAUUGAGAAAGCUGGUGCAACUGUUGACGCCACGGACAAAGAAGGAGAGCACUGUUAAAAGCAGCAUAUGCAGGACAUAUGACUAUUGUCGAAUAUCUGGUAAUAAAAGCACAAGCAGACACGACUCAUCAAGACAAGGAUGGCUGGCGCGCCCUGCAUAACGCAUGUUCGCGAGGUCAUUUGCCCAUGGUCCAGUUUCUGGUGGAGUGUGGUGCGCCUGUCAAUGCACGGAGUCGGAUUGGAAAUACUCCACUCAUCAAUGCUGCGUCUAAGGGGAACACCGCUGUGGUGGAAUAUUUGUUGAAUGAAGCGGAGGCAGAUCCAUUACUGCACAAUGAAUUUGGUGAAACAGCGUAUGAUGCGGCAGCGGCUAUUGGCAGCGUGUAUUUAUGCGAGUUAUUGGAAGCAGCGGAGCGGGCUUGCUGGGUUGAUCCUAUUCGAGGUAGAGAUGGCCCAUAUGAUCCAUUAUCCAUCCACGUUACAGUUCCUGUCUUGAUCCACGAAAAUCAACGAGCAGUGACCUCAUUGUUAAGGGGUCUAGGCAAGCAACUACCCACAUUCUCUUCAUCAGCGCUAAGUAAAAAUGACAGACGAAGUGCUUGGAGUCUAUACCCGUCUGGGAAACCCACCACAAGGGGCCACGUCAAGCUACCGCCGUUGGACCGAAAUGCGUCAUGGUUCUGGCUGACGGAUUGGACGGUUGACUAUUCUCAUCCAAAGUCGGACAACGAAGGAUGGCAGUAUGGGAAAAGCUUUGAGUAUACGGAUGACGAGGAAUGGACAGCAGCGAUUCCUACCAGCGGUGCAGGAUGGGUGCGUAGACGACGUUGGAUGCGUAUCAUGAAACGACGGGUGGAUCAUCAGCAGCAACAGCUGGAAUCUGCAGCCGCCAGCGGCGGGCAAGUGAUAAUAGCAGGCGCACGAGAACAAGAAGUACAAACAGGUGAAAGCAACAGUUUAAUGGGUGGUACUACAACAACAACAGACCAAGGAGGACACGACCAUUUAAGACUAGUGGAACGACAGGAACAGGCAUCUGGCAGCAGCCACACGAGUAACAACAACAGUGGCAGCAGCAGCAACAGCACGGUGGGCAUGAGCUUGACCAAGGCCCAGUCGGUGUUUGUGGGGUGUACAACACAUGUUCAGUCGGUUGAAACAGCAGCAGCAGCAGCAGCAGGAGCAGGAGCAACAGAACCGGAGCCUUCACCGCGACAGUCGUCUUUAGAACUGACACGAGCAAGUGUACGGUCGUCGAUCGCUUCUUCACAUUCUUGCCAUGUUCAGCCCCACUAUUACCAUCACCACCACCACCAUCGACCGACGUAUGUAUGGGAGCGUAACGAACAAGCAGCCGAAUGUCGACGGUGUGGAAGAUGGUUCAACCUGCUUGUCCGUCGCCACCAUUGCAGGUUCGGAUAUAUUUUCUAAAGGAUUUUUACGGGAUGGGAAAAAACAGCAACAGGCGAUGGCACAGAGUUGGACUUUUUGUUUAUUCCUCGUUGCAUAACAUCAACAACACCAGACGGUGUGGACUCGUUGUUUGUGACAAGUG